CCCCUUUGCUGCUUCGCCUCGAGCCUCUCCAUUGCCUUUCCCUUGACGCAUCUCAACCCAUGGCGGAUAAGUACGUGUCAGGCUACCCCCCGCCACCGUACUACUUCCAGGAGUAUGUAGAUGCGGGUGAGGAGGAGGGCCACGUGGAGGCUCGCCAUCUGCUAAGCGGCAUGAAACCGCCGUACAGCAUUUACGACGUUACAGAGAACGCCCACGUGCAGCCCCCAAUCGAUGGAAGCGAAAAGUACAGCGGAAAAACAUGCCAACUGAUGCUGGGGAGACCCCCACCAGUGCCACUCAAAAGUAACUACAACGUGUUUGGGAUUAACCACCAAGUGGAGAGGAGAGUGGAAGACUUAGAUAGUGAUGAGUUACUCUAUGAUGUGAAAAAAAAUUUGAAAAAUGAAUUCAUUAAACUUUUUAAAAAAUAUAAAGAAUCCUUUUUCGACCUCUUCGAUGACAUUGUAAAUAACAGACGGGAUGAUAAGACCAAAAUAAAAAUGCUCAUCAAGGUGCACGUAAAUCUCUUUCACAUCUUAGCCAAGCUGAGAUACCACCAGGGUGUUAAUAACGUCAUUAACAUUUUGAAGGUGCAACUGAAGAGACGGCAGAUAGCCAUCGACAAGAUGAAGUUAAGUCUGCUUCGCAUUUACUGCUAUAUAAAUUUUGUUCAGGAGAACUUCUCCUCCGCUCGCGCGAUUGAGGAAGAUGACGAGGGGGGGAGUCCCAAACGGAGGAGGAAGCUGACUGUGCAGUAG